AUGGGUAGACGCGAGAAGGUGUGCAUUAUUUUCGACGAGCAAAAACGCAAGGAUUAUUUGACAGGAUUUCGCAAACGCAAACAGGAGCGGCGCGCGAAAGCGCUCUUGGAAAAUGAGAAUAAGCUCAAAGAAGAAGUUCGCAAUGUCAAGCAAGCUUAUCAUAAUGAGUUGAUGAGGAAGUUAGAAAAUGUUACACUGCCAAACUUUAUUGCUGAUGACCUUAAUGUUGUCUCCAAACGCACAACUACGGACGCGGGAGAACACACAGUUAGUAUUGAGGAGAUUAAUAUUGCUCAGUCGCAUUAUUUUAUGGGCGAAAAUGCAAAGGGAAAUGUUGACUUGAAACCAGAAUCGACCACAAAUUUUGGUAAUGUAACUCUGAAGAAGGCUCUAAAAAUGAAUCCAAGGAACUUUUUGUGGAAGAAGAGAAAGAGAGCUCCUCAUGCGGCAAGUAAUGGGCGGAAGAAAAUGAAAAAAACUGGACGUCGGAAAGUCACUGGUCCGAAUGCAGUCUAG